AUGGGAGUAUGGAAAGGAUGGGACAUGGACAGGGAGUACUGUCAACCAACAUCAUCAAAGGUCCUAGUGGAGGACCUAGUAACAGAUAAGGAUGAUGAAAAACAUUUUAGAGACUACCACAUACACCCAGAGUCGGCAGAAAACCAAGACAAUGAACCUGCGAGAAAGGGCAGGAGAUUCUGGGAUUGGCCUACCAUGCAAACCCAUAGAGAUUGGCCUGGAGACCAUAGGAUGCCAGACGAGUGGAAUAUGAUGAUAAAGGACAUGUGGGGACUAAAAGGGGACCAGGCUAGGGGAAUCCCGACUGAGACGAUUGGACCCAUAGAAUUCACAAGAACCAGAUACCCAAAUGAGAGUGAACGGUGCUCAAUACAGGACGGAUUGAGUAUAGCCCCAGAUUGGGGUACAGCAGAAAGCACACGGAUAGCUGCGAUGAUUGAGAAGAAUGAAGAUCGGAAUCACCGGAAGCCAAAGAAACCGGACAAGGACCGUAAGGGCAAGCAUCGCCAGACGGUUUUCUUGGAGGAUGAUAUCCCAGCACUGAAACAAGCAUGGUAUGAAGAGUAUGAGGAAUUGCUACAAGGUGUACCAGAGACAAUGCUGCCAUUUUGA